AUAUAUAUAAAGGAAAGGGCGGCUGCAUUUACCUGCCUUGCCGCUUGCUAUUAGGGUUUUGCUGUGUCUUCGCAGUAACGAGUAAAUCCCUCAUUCCUCAGCCAUGGCGGAGCAGACGGAGAAGGCUUUCCUUAAACAGCCAAAGGUCUUCUUAAGUUCUAAGAAAUCUGGGAAAGGAAAGAGGCCGGCGAAGGGCGGGAAUCGGUUCUGGAAAAGCAUUGGGUUAGGGUUUAAGAUGCCCAGAGAGGCAAUUGAAGGAACAUAUAUUGAUAAGAAAUGCCCAUUUACAGGCACUGUUUCUAUCAGAGGCCGUAUCCUUGAUGGCACUUGUCAUAGUGCGAAAAUGGUGAGGACCAUUCGUCCGAAGGAACUACCUUCACUUCAUCAAGAAAUACCAAAGGCCGUUGUUGAAGACGGUAAGGUUCAAUGUCUUAAGGUCAUUCCAGCCGGGUCAUCUGUGGUGGGAAGAAGGCAUUUGCCGCCAUGUGAGAGGUUAGCUUUGAAAUGGUGA